AUGACCAUGAUGCUUGGCGGCGGAGAUUAUGAUAUCGCCUACGCGGCUUUGAUUGGUAUACUGAUCUUCGGGUCGCUCAUACUGUUCAUCGGUUACGUCUUGCUCGACAUAUCCUCUGUGUUUGCGUUCUCAAGCAUACACGAUAUUGGCCCUGGUAUACUACUCUCUUGGGGUACCGGGCUAAGAAUACGUCCGAUUCUACAAUGGGUUGCAUAUAGAGUCGCCUUCAUCGAGAUUGUGUUGUUGCUGGUGAAGCUCGGCGACUACGAGACGUACUACACGUAUCUCUACAAGGCCAAAACACGGGGACGUAGCAGAAUAAUCGACAUCGUACACUACCGCUACGUCUAUUGCGCGUAUACCUAUCUUCUACUUGUUGCGGCGACCGGCCUCCUGAGCCUGUCUAUCAUGGUCAUGUUUCAGACACGUAAAAACGUUGGGCACCAUCAGUCUGUAAAACUCCAACUCGCCGCCAGCACCUUGUUUUGGGUGCCGAACGUUUGGUAUUUGAUCAGUAUAUCUGUUUUCUCGCUGGCCGGCAUCUAUCCUGGUAGACGGGAGCUUAUUCUCGAGGCGAUUCUUGGUCCUUGGCUACAGUUUGUUGUUCUGGCUAUCUUGACGACCAUUGGACGCAACAAGAUGGGCGGGCUGUACUCAACAUCACAUAAUGCCGCCAACAAACUAGAUCAUAGUGCAUACAAUGGCUAGCCGAGUAGCCGUAAAUGCAUGGCCAGCCUCCUGAGGUCUUAGGUUGUAGUCAAUCCGCCUCAGAGACUAUGAGUUGCCGAAUAUACCGCAGGUAUUGCAGGCUAUAGUGGUCUGUUUUCAAGUUGUUUGGUGCAAAGCUGUCUGGUAUUAGUUCUGAGCCAAUGUGACAUGUUAAAGACGAUAUGUUAAUUGGACCGUAUUUGAAUUUAUGAAGGUAGAGUGACUGACAAGCUCAGUUAUUUUGUGCAAAUCUCCGAGUGAAGCGAGCUCGAUGUUAGCAUGAAAGUACAUAACUUAUUCGUGGUGGUUGGGGACAUGGGAAAGGAAACUGUCGCUGUCGCGUUCG